AUGCUGGACUGGAGAUUGGCGAGUGCACACUUCGUCCUGGUUAUGAUUCUGAUGCUAUGGGGCUCAGGAAAGGCGUUCUCCGUGGACGUAGCAACAGAGGCCUCUGAGUUUGGAGCCACGGGCUUGCAGUCACCACCCACAGUCAAGGAACAGAAGUCGGCCACUGAGCUUUCGUCUAAGCUCCUUCUUCUUGAUGACCUGGUGUCACUGGAGAACGACGUAUCCGAGACCAAGAGGAAAAGGAGCUUCUCUGGCUUUGGAUCUCCCCUUGACAGACUCUCAGCUGGGUCUGUGGAGCACAAAGGGAAACAGAGGAAAGUAGUAGAUCAUUCAAAAAAGCGUUUUGGUAUCCCCAUGGAUCGGAUUGGUAGAAACCGGCUUUCCAGUUCCAGAGGCUGA